AUUCUUGGCAGAUUCGGUUAUGAAGGGGAUAAGUCGAUACAUUUUCUAUUUGCAGCAAACAGUAACAGCCAAAUGGGCUAGCAUGGAUUUUAAGCCCGAGAUUAACAUGAGGAGUUAUUUGCACGAAACAGAGCUGAACCCGCUUUGGGAUUUAUUUAGGCACACAUUUGAUGUGCGUAAAAUGAUUCAAGAUGUGGCACCACCCACUUUGACUGAUACACUGGACAUACCAAAUGAGAAUGAAUCUGGUGGGAUGAAUCCGGCUUCACUCAUGACUAUCAAUACGCAAGUACAUUCUGGAGGAACUACUCAGGCAGAUCCGGGUACUCCGCGAUCAACACGAUCCACUCAAAGUGCAGCCAGUACAAUGACUGAUGCAAUGAUGAUGAGUUCAGCAGCAGUGUUUGAGCCCCAGCUUAACCCAACACUUUUUGGUACUGAGCGAUCGGAAGUUGUGUUUCGAAGUGGUAGUAAUGUGACUGCAUUUGCCAUCAAUCCGAUGAACUUGAACGAGAUGGUUGUUUCCACGCACAAGAAUAUUCGGGAAAUCAAUCUACAACUAAGCUGUAGGUUUUACGAAUCAAAAGAAUGCAUUGGAGAUCGUGUUGAUUCUGUGGAUGAUUUAAGUGCUUUGGGAAAUAUUGCAAAUGCUGCAAGCAACGGCUUGUCUGGUGAUGCUUCACCCGUUACGCCGAGUUCUACUCCACCACUGGGUAUUGUAGAGUUCAAGGGUGUUGGGUCGAAACUUGCGGAUGUCAACUAUAGUUUGCAAGCCAAAAUUGGCACUACUCAGAAAAUGCUGCGACGAGCAUUUACAUCAAACCGACUAACACGAGAUGAUCGAGCGCAAAUUGUCAAUGGAGAGGCUUUGAGACGAAGGAUCCCUGGUGUGACUGCUAUCGAAUCACAUCUUUCGCUUAAUUAUUACUUGGCAACCACAAACAGUAAUCAUGUGCCUGGUGUGAAUCUCUAUCAAUUUGGCCAAUCAACCGAGCUUGUAACAUAUACGGUCCCCUCAGAGUUACGAUUGACAGCAUGUCAUUUUGAUCCUUUUGGGGUUCGAUUUGGCGCAGCAGAUACAAAGGGCGAUUUAUUCAUGUGGCGAUUUGAUACAGCUCAGUCGGCAUUAAGACCUGCAUUGAUUUUAAGACAGUGUCAUCUUGGUCCGGUGAACGACUUUGUAUUUAUGAACUCUACUACUACUCUUGCUACGGCAGGCAUAUCUACCAAUAACAGUAACGUGUGCAUGUGGGAUACACUAGUUCCACCCUCUAAAUCUAAGAUCAAGUCGUUUCAGAUUGGGGAAGCAGGAAUCUCAUCAUUGGAAUAUUCACCCCGUCAUAAUCUAUUGAUAGUCGGUGGUAAACGGGGAUACAUAUAUGUGAUUGAUGUAAGACAGGGAGCGUCAGUGGUGAAUACAUUUCAUGCACAUAACCAUGCGGUCAAAGCAUUGGCAAUUGAUCCAAUAACAGACACGUUGAUAUCGGGAUCGAGCGGAGGACAAAUCAAGAUAUGGGAUGUGCAGGCACUGGGGAAUGCUGAGAUUAUGAGUGCAUCCAGAGGGACGAUUGCAACACAAGGAACGUACAGUAACAAUGGAAACCCAAAUGGAUCGCAACAUCACGGAGUUCUAUCACUCACCGUUCAUAGCGGAUUGUUGUAUAGCAGUGCAGUGGAUGGAUCCGUGAGCAGGACGCUCUUGCCAACAUCAGGAUUUUGAAUAAAUUGAAUCCAAAACUUUAAAAUC